AGGCAGAUCGCUUAUUUAUAUGGCCGUAAGCAAGCGGAAACGAUUAUCGGAGGCAUCCAUUAGAGCGAGAGAGAUAUAUUCCUCUGAGACGCAUAUACACGUGAAAGUUUCAAGUCGAAGAAGUUCGGUGAUUGAUUUUCGGAGAAAUUUUUCAGGAGUAUAAAGUUGUCGAAGUUGAGAGUGAAUCACUGAGGAAUAAGAAAAUGUUGAAUCGGUCAGGAAGUUCCUCUGAAUAUAAGCAUCAAAAGGAAGACGGGGUAACUAUUGAUAUCAAAGAAAAUGUUGAGGGUCAAUAUUGUUGUGAGCGUCUAUAUUGUUGUAUUUAUAAGGUUCCUAAGAAACUUAGGAAAAUAAAUAAUGAUGCUUACACUCCUCACAUUGUUUCAAUUGGUCCAUAUCACCAUGACAAAGGAAAGUGGGAUAACCCGAAAAGCAAUAAGGAAUGGAAAUUUGAUGACAUGCGAAAUUACAAGGAGAGAUAUUUGGAAAAGUUCAGAAAGAAAGAGGAGAUCGAGAACUUCGUCAAAGAAGAGGAACAACAUAUCCGCGCUUGUUAUGAAGAAAAAAUUGAGGAUUUCGAUUUCAUAGAGAUGAUUGUGCGUGAUGCUGUCUUCAUCAUUGAACUCUUCUUGAGGAAGUACCAUGAUGAUAGAGAAGAUUUUUUGGUAAGUAAACCGUGGCUAACAAAUGCUAUAAAACUGGACUUGCAAUUACUUGAAAAUCAGCUUCCAUACUUCGUCCUAAAGGAGUCAUACAUGUUAGCCUAUGGCAGCUCCACUAGAGAAGUAUCUCCUUCUUUCCUUACUCUUUCUUGCGAGUUUUUCGGUUAUAAGGAGCCGGAUGGAGGAGCUAAUUGGGAUGACAAAAUUAAACAUUUUGUCGACUUGAGAAGACAUACUAUGUUGGUCAAAGUCAAAGUCGAUCAAAAUUCAACAGAGUAUCCGGGCGGAAAAAUUGAAGAUUUACCAAGUGCAGUGAAGCUAAGUGGGUCAGGGGUGAAGUUUAAGAAGCCGGAUGAGUCGGGGAAGAAGUGUGAGUCACACAAAGAAAACAAAAAAGAAAAAAGUAUACUUAACAUUAACAUAGAAUUUGAAAAGAGAUCAGAAGACUCGUGUAUUGGGUGGCUUAGAGGAGAAGUGCUAAAGAUUCCACACCUUAAAAUUGAAGAUGAUACGGAAUGUUUGUUUCGAAACUUGAUGGCCUUGGAGCAGUGCCAUUAUCCAUUUGAAACUCAUAUUUGCAACUAUAUUGAUCUAAUGGAUACUCUGAUCAACACGAGGAAAGAUGUGGAUUUGCUUGUUGACAAUGGAAUCAUCUCCAAUUGUGUGGGCGACCAUGAUUCAAUUAAAGAGAUGUUUAACAAACUUGGCCUUGAGAUUACGCCAAGUGCUUCCUGUUACCGACCACGUAUUUGCAAGCCGCUGAAAGACCACCACGACAAAUGGUGGAAUCGCACCAAGGCAACGUUGAUAAAUGUGUACUUUGAAAAUCUUUGGAGAGGCACUGGAACUGUUGCUGCAGCCAUACUCUUACUGCUCACCGUGUUACAAACCAUCCAAAGAUUCUGUCCGGAACUGUUUACGCAUCAUAAAUAAUUUAAGUUUGUGUGUUUUUAGUACUUGUAUAAUUAGAAUGGCUACUUCCUACUACUAAGCUGAUAAUAACUUCGGAUCUGUAGCUUUCAUUUAUAAUAAUGUAUUCUCUUCCAUGCUGUAUCAUUAGCUUCCCUAAUAAAUUAUGCCUUCAUGUUA